AUGACCUGCUGUGAAGGAUGGACAUCCUGCAAUGGAUUCAGCCUGUUGGUUCUACUUCUGUCGGGAGUAGCUCUCAAUGCAAUACCUCUCAUUGUCAACAGACUUGAGGAAGGCGAAUUUUUUAAAAACCCCAUCUCUUGCUUUGAGUGGUGGUUCCCAGGAAUUAUAGGAGCAGGUCUGAUGGCUAUUCCAGCAACAACAAUGUCUUUGGCAGCGAGGAAAAGAGCGUGCUGCAACAACAGAGGCGGGAUGUUUCUUUCAUCAUUUCUGAAUAUAAUCACAAUACUUGGUGCUGUGUUCUGCGUGCUGGUAUCCUUGCAGGCUCUCUUCAAAGGUCCUCUCAUCUGUAAUUCUCCAGGCAACAGUACCUGUGAAUUUUCAGUAGACAAAUUAAGGAUUUAUCCCCAAUCCUUCAAUCUACAGUGGUACUUCAAUGGAUCUUGCGUAGCUCCUAACAGUUUAAAUUCUUCCACCACGAAUGACACCAUGGCCAGUGACUUGAAAAAAUACAACUUGCAAGAAAAGAGGCACAAGACUAUCCAUUUAUCAGUAUUUGUAGGCCUACUGCUUGUGGGGAGCCUUGAGCUCGUGUGUGCACUCAGUCAGAUUGUCAUCGGUUUCCUGGGCUGUCUGUGUGGAGUCUCCAAGCGAAGAAGUCGAAUUGUGUAACAAAAUGGAAAUAUAAGCAGUUUGAAUCCUCUGAGAAUUACAUUUAAAAGAUAUCCUUUUAGAAGUUAGAAGUUCAUUAACAGAACAUUAGCUAGAAAGUUGUAUUAAUCCUUCUAGUCCAAAAGGUUGUUUUUAAGGUGAUUUAAAAAAAAAAUCAGCCUUUUACAUAUAAUGUUGGUAAAUGCAAACCACUUUCAUAAGAAAAAGUAAAUAUCACCAGUAGUUGACUUUGGGGUGCAGUGAAGCUUUCAAUGUGUUUUGAAUCCUUUUGUGCUGUUUGAAUUUUUUAACUCUACAUUCUUGUGUGAGGAGAGGAAAAGAGGGAGGGGAAAGGAGAUGGGUGAUGGAGGAAGGGAGAACGAGAGGGAACAAGUUAUCUUGGAAGUCGAAGUAGGGGACCUUU